AUGUACGACGCCGCCACCAACAGCUGCUCGUUCGGGCUGUCCCAAGUGAGUGACCUGACCACCCGGCGCUCCGGGCCCCAUCCUCCUUGCGGCCAGGCGGUGCAGGUGAAGAUAGAAGAGUGCCUCAGCAAUACUGCCGAAGACUGGGCGGCCGGAUGUGCCUACCGCUUCGCUGCCAGAAGGUGCUACAUGGCAUCUGAAGACAGCGCGGCCAAGGCAGCCACCACAGCUGACUCCAACAGAGUGCUUGACCCGGGAGGAUUCAACAGUGCACUGGCGGCCACCUUCAGGAACAGAUAUCUGGGCGCCAGUGCCUUCAGCAAUCCUCCAACCUUGUUCCCCGGUUCUUAUGUUGGUGGGACAGACAUCGGUAAGCAGCAGUCUGAAGUGCCCACUGCACUAAAUGGCACCACUACCAACAACGGCACCCAAGGACAGCAUCCAGGCGUUGAAGUGGCACCGAGGACGACAUCACCACCACCCGUCAAUUCUUCAUCCUCUUCGACUUCUUCGAGCAGGAGUAAUCACCAAGUUGAUACGGUGACCAGCAAAGGGAAGGGUGGUGAUCGAAGGGUUGUUGUGCCUGCUGAUCCUGUGUUGUGGAACCCGGAGCACGUGAAGCAAUGGCUGGAGUGGGCUGUGAAGGAGUACAAUCUGCACGAGGUGGACGCUGCCCGCUUCAACGUCAUUGGCCGGGAGCUUUGUCAGCUGACCCGCGAGGACUUCAGCCGCUUGACCAAUCCGUACAACGGGGAAGUCCUGUACGCGCAUCUCAACUUCCUACGACAGAGUAAGUGCAUCGAUCUCUUCCCCUGGAAAAAGCAACGGGACCGUCCUUAA